AAAAGGCUGAUAUCGAAUGGUGCCAUAGUUUUCCGCGAAGCAAGAAUCAACGAACGUAUCCAAUCAUCAUUACUUAACCGAGGCUGGACCAAUGGUCAACAAGUAGCACGAGGCUAUCAACCAGCUGAAUGUAACAGCACCACCCAAGUUACUUGGUAAAAUCAUCGAGCUGCUGCUAUCGGAUCCUUAAUCAUUGUCAACCAACACCUCCUUCAGUCGCCGAUAAACCUCAGUGCGUCCUCGACUGGAUUAGCCAUGUGUACUUCCAUCCUUCGUAUCUGUGUGGCCUGCGCACUUCUUGUUGUGGCCUUCGCCGAAAUACCGCCAUAUAUGAAAAUAUGUAAUCGAAACGAUCCGGAGAUAAAUAGCUGCGUAUUAAAUUCAAUUGAUCAACUACGAGGCAAAUUAAAGACUGGAAUUCCGGAAUUAGAUGUUCCAGCAAUCGAGCCGCUUAUAUUAAAGCAGGUGCAGCUAGUGAGAGGUCCUCAAGCUGCAAGACUAGAUCUGAAUCUCACAAAUAUACAGAUAUUUGGACCGUCUUUGUUUAAACUUCGCGAUUUGAAAAUUGACCCGGAGAACGUGUUGAUUACCUUCAAAGUCGGCUUCCAAAAACUUGACUUCCGAGGAAAAUAUAAAAUAAACGCGCAGAUACUUUUGCUUAAACUGGUUGGAGAGGGAGGCCUUACUGGAAGUUUUUAUGGUUACGAGUGCGACUGCUUGUUAAAGUCUCAUAAGGUUGUUAGAAAUAACAACACCUAUAUAGUCUUUGAAAAGAUGAAAUUUGACAUUAAGAUAAACAAAGCUUUAAUCAAUUUAGAUAAUUUAUUUGGUGGCGAUCCUAUUCUCGGACCAGCGAGCAAUGAGGUUUUGAAUGCAAAUAGCAAUUAUCUGAUAGAUGAAUUAAAACCAGUACUGGAGGACACCUUAUCAGAUCUUUUCACGAACAUUGCGAACAAGAUUACCAGUAGAUUCACGUACAACGAAUUGUUUCCGAAUUAAUCGUUAUUCUGGGAAUAUCAUUCAUAGAUCAAUUAAAUUACUUUGUUCUUUUUGUCUUGAAAUUAUAAAAUUUCCGACUUUAUUCAAUGAGAAUUUUGAUAAAAUUGUAGUACUUUCGUUUUUUUUUCUGUAUGUAGUAUAACAUACAAACUUUUUAUUGUUUUGAUAUUAACAAAUACUGUGCUAAAGUUAUAACAAAGAAACUUUUCAAUCUAUCUUUUUUUUUAAAAAAGAAUUGUGCACAAACUUCUCGUGUUUAUUCAACGAAUGGUCUAAUUAUUAUAUUAUAAUCUCAAAUGCAUUAUCAACGAUGAAUAAGCAGUCAGCGUGCUAAAAAAAACUGUAAUAAUGUCAUAUAAAUUCUUAAAAAGGUAUUUUGGAUACGCAUUUAAUUUUUUAUUUAUUAAUUUAAUGCAUAAUAAGAUAGUUACCUAUUUUAGACACUAAAUUAAUAAAUAAAAAAGUAUUCAAAACGUGAAAUUUUGUUAUUAAUUUACGUUGUAUCAAGAGCAUUGAAUGUGUUACAGUUGUGUUACAGUUUGUUAGUAUAUAUUUAAGAAAAAGUGAAAAAGUGAAAAAAAAACAAACAAAACAUAUUUUAAAAAAAUAUUUUAAAUGGAAGUUUUGGCGAAGAAGUAUGUUGUGAGUAAUUUUUACAGCAUGUAUUUUUUACAAGAUGUAUUAACUUAACAUGUAUUCAUAUGUAUGUUAUCAUAUGCACAAAAUUUUAUAGGCAUUAUUCUUUUAUGAAAAUUAUAAAACUUCUAUUUAAAAUAUUAUUUUAAAACGUUUUAUUGUCGAUGUUUGAAAUUUCUUUGCAUUCUGUAUAUAAUAAAUAACAUUUUUAAAUAUUUUAAAGAGAAAGAUACAUUUAAAAAGUAUUUUUUUUAUAAAAUAUUAAAAGAAUGUAAAAAUUUAUAUUAAAUGGAAUACGGUAUGUUAAACCAUAUUACAGAAUUUUAAUGCAAAGGAUACAUUUAUUGCUCUAAUUGAAUAUUUAAAAAUUUUUCUUAAUUUUAUAUCAAAAUUACUCUGAAAAUAUUCUGUAAAACAUGUAAGAUAGAAUACAGCUUUAGAAUGAUCAUAACUUUAUAUAAGAUAUUUUAGAAUAGUCACGUAAGCUUUCGUAGGCGCACAUAAGUUCCCCAGAGAGAAUUAUUUUUAUAAACUUAGUUCUAUAUAAUUUUGUAAUUCACUUUAAAUAAACAUGAGCAAUGAUUUAUUAAGACAAAAUGAGCCUAAAUUAAAAUGAAUCGUGACAAUUAGUAAAAAAGUAGUAUUACGAUUCUUAAGUACAAUGCCUCC